AUGACGGACUCAGAAUUGAGGCACCGUAGGUCUCCUGAACCCAUUGAGGGUGCCAAAACUGCCACCUCCCACCACCAGAGGCCAAAGAGGAAGAAGAAAAAGCACUUGAUCAAUGUCGCCCCUUUGGAUACACCGCUCCAUCGAAGGCUCGAGACAUUGAGCGUGAUGUGGCACACAGUGUCAAUUCCAAGUUUCUGCUGCUUGUUCCUCUACAUUUUGUGGCUAGGCUGGCUCUCCUGGUUGCUUAUCGUGAUCCCAUAUUUCAUCUGGUUCUAUGGGUUUGAUCUCCACACACCAACCAACGGUAAGGUGGUCUAUAGGGUUCGUGCUGCCAUGAAAAACCUCAUAAUAUGGAAAUGGUUCGUAGAUUAUUACCCAAUACGUGUGCACAAAACAUGUGAGUUGGAGCCCACGUUCACAACUGAGAUUGUCGAGGAGAUCACCCCUGACGACGAAGAAGACUUGAUCUCAGAGAACGCCCGCACAACUUUAGACAAAUUCUUCAAGUUUAUCGGCCUCAGGAAGCGCUUGAACGACGCUGAGACCUCCUCUCCAUCCCCACCACUCGAGGAUGACGACGAUACCAAAAGCACCGAUUCAAAGCUUUCAAGUACAGUUCAAAAAGUCAGGAAGGUAGGUGGCGGGCCUCGUUACAUUUUCUGCUAUCAUCCUCAUGGUGUUAUAUCGAUGGGUGUAAUGGGCUUGUUUGCGACCAAUGCUUUGAGAAAUCAGCCUUUUAAGCCACCAGCGAAAUUCUUACAACCAUUUUUCCAUGACCCGUCGAAGGAAAAGGAACUUUUUCCCGGUAUUGGGUAUGUUUUUCCCCUCACACUCACCACCCAAUUCACCAUUCCAAUCUACAGAGAUUACCUAUUGUCUUUGGGACUCACAAGUGCAAGUGGGAAGAAUAUCAAGAGUGUGAUCAACAAUGGCGACAAUUCAGUGUGUCUUGUAAUCGGAGGAGCUCAAGAGUCCUUGUUGAAUGACAUGGUAGGAGACAAUAUGCGUGUUGGAGCAGGAUACAAGGGUCCUGAAUCUGAUGACGAAGAUGUGAAGGAGACGAAGCCUAAACGUCAAAUAAAGCUCGUGCUUCAAAAAAGAAAGGGUUUUGUGAAAAUAGCGAUUGAGUUAGGUAACGUAUCUUUGGUACCUACAUUUGCAUUUGGUGAGGCUGAUAUUUAUAGAUUGGCCAAGCCAAAGGAAGGAUCACUUUUCCAUUCCUUCCAACUAGGGUUGAAGAAGUUAACUCUGUUCACAUUGCCAUUUUUCAGUGCUAGAGGCGUGUUCAUUUAUGAUUUUGGCUUUUUGCCAUUCAGAACUCCUAUAAACAUCUGCACUGGAAGGCCCAUAUAUGUUCCACCUGGAUUGGUACUGAAAAAACGUGAGGAGGACUCUACAGAAACCAAGAAGGAUGUUGCAAAAUCAGAAACAUCGAGUGAUAAAAAAUCCGGGCUGAGCUCAGAUUCCCGCUUCUCUAUUUUCAAAGCAAAAGGAAAGCCCAAGAAAAGAAGCAGACCUCAUAUUGAUCAAGAGGUUCUUGAUCAUUACCAUGGCUUGUACAUCGAGGAGCUUAAGAAGGUGUACGAAGAAAACAAGCAUCUCUAUGGUUACGGAGACGUCGAGCUUGUCAUUGUCGAGUAG